GAGUAUAUAAAGAAACAUGAAAUUCCUGAAUUACCAAACUUGGCAUUCGAAAAAAUUGAAAGAUGUCUUUUUUCCAAUCUUAGUGAUAAACUGGAUUACAGGCUUAAAUAUUGUUGAAAUCCCUGUUGGACAUCGAAGACCUAUACUGAGUUUCAUCUACCUAAUGAUUAUGAUAAUUUUUUAUUAUUACAUUCCAUUCUCAAAAGGACUUUCCAUAUGUAGAACUGAAGGUCACGUUGUAGGUCAAAUGCUCUUCGAAAUUAUUUGGUUUUAUAAUGGAUUCGUUGGAUUGAUUUCGAUAAUGAUCGGCUGGUAUUACCAAAAGGUCGUUCGACUCUGCAUUCAAAGAAUAGAGUUAAUAGAUGCUUCUCUAGACUCGUUUGGACUAGAAAAUAAUCAUGGCAAGAGUUUUGUACGUUUAGUACUCACCCUAAUUGUAACUUUUUCUGGAAUUUUCCUUGUAGUUGCCACUGAUGUUUUUUGGUUCUUAAAAGAACAUAGCCUGGAAGAUAGUAUAUACUGUGCUUAUACAUCUUCAGCUCCAGUAUUCUUACAGAUAAUUAUCGAUUUAAGUUUUGGAACAAUGGUCACACAUCAACAUCUGGAACUCUCGAAAGUUGCGUGGGAAGUAGAGAAGGUGUUUGGAUUGCAAAUAGCAAUGUCAAUGGUGACAAAUAUCACAUUCAUAAUUGGGAAUUCUUAUUAUUUAUACAAUGAGAUAUUUAAUGACGAUUCAGUGGAAGAAAGUGAAGCAAGAUUAGGUUAUAUAGCAAACGAAUUUUGCUGUUGCUUUUUAUAUCUUUCAAGAGUUUUGUACGUGAAUGAUACAUGUGCAAGAGUCACAGCUUAUGCACAUAAAGCUGAACAACUUAUUUACUCUGCAAAUAGGAGCAAUCAUGAUACCGAACUAAGAGAAGAGAUUGAACAAUUUUCUCUGCAACUAACUCAAAGGCCCUUGUACUUUUCGAUGUAUGGUUUAACCACUCUGGAUUAUGGAUUUGUUGCCAAAUUUCUAGGAACCAUUAUGACUUACCUAAUCAUUAUUAUUCAAAUAGAACCAAAACCAUCAGGCAAUGUUACUGAUACGACCACGGAAGUCUAUACUAAUCUCACUACUCCAAUCUUCUAGAUUAAAUGAGAAUGCAACAACUGCACACCGGAUAAUUUAUAUUUUGUAUAUUUCAUAAAAAUGGUGCACUUUUGACG